AUGCCAAUUAGACGUUCAUCAUUGUGGAAAAGUUUAUUAAAUAUUUUUUAUUUAAGUGGAACAAAUGAUGAUAAUAUUGACGCAAAAGAAAGUGCUACUUGUCUUUCACAUUUUGUUCACUUAUCGAACAUAACUCAACUGGAAAUUUCAUCAAAGAACUAUGAUUUAUCGCGAUGGCAAGAUAUUGAAAUCAUUCUACAAUCGUGUCCGAAUGUAACAAAUCUUACAAUUAAUACUCCGUUAUUAAUUUCGUCAAAAUUUAUCGAUAAUCCAUCUCUUUUUUCAAUUUUUAAACAAGUUAAAACGAUUACAUCGAUACCUGGAAAGAUUUAUUUUCCUUCUAAAUUUGCGUUAAAAGUCGUUCAACGCUUUCCGUCACUUACUCAUAUGGAACUUGAAGUUGUUACGUUCGAUCAUUGUGUAUCUGUUAUUGAAGUAUUUCUAUGUCAUAUGGAACACUUAUCUUAUUUGAAAAUUUCUUACAGUCAAAGUACAUUACUUGAUAAUCCAUUUUCUCGUCAUUAUGUUAUUGAAAAACGUCGUCAAAUAUUUCCUAAUAACUUUCUUGAUGAACGGAUAACGUAUGUUAAAAAUAAUGGAGAAGCAAUACAAAUUAGAUUGUGA